AUCGAACCUUGCACCACACAAAGCAGGGAUGGCGAGCGCAGUUGCCGCCGCGCCGACGAUGUCCAAGAAUGCCAAGCGGCGGCUUAAGAAGAAGGCAGAGAAGCAACUAGAGUACAUCUAUGCCACGGAAGAGUCUACUUCUGCACCACCGUCAUCAACCGACAAUGCAGUUGACACCAUUCCAUCGUCGCCUAGCAAAGCCGAGCAACCGAUCGUCGUGGACGUGGAGUACGUAAGCAGCGACCUUGGGUUGUCCGAGGACGAUCCAGCGUUCGACGAGUUUUCCCGCGUGUUUCAACGAUUCAUGAAGGCGGAGGAACUGUGCGGACAGGUCGUUCCAGCCGGCGAAGGGGACGAAAACAACGAGAACGAAGGAGUGGAAGAAAUCACUGUAGAGGAGGAGAUCGAGCCUGUCAAGCAACUAGGUCGAAAGGAGCGCAAGAAGGCCAAGCAGCUCAGCAUUGCGACUCUGAAGCAGAUGGUCGUGUGUCCUGACGUCGUGGAAGCGCACGAUAUCACGUCAGCGGACCCGCCUUUUCUCUGUUACUUGAAGGCGUAUCGAAACACGGUGCCGGUGCCGCGGCACUGGUGCCACAAGCGAAAGUACCUGCAGGGGAAGCGCGGCAUCGAGAAGAUUCCGUUCGUUCUGCCGGACUUUAUCGCGAACACGGGAAUUGCCGAAGUGCGCGGCGCCGGCGUCGAAGCGGACUCGACCAAGAAAGGCGCGUCCAAGAUGCGUGACCGCAUGGCACCCAAGCUCGGGCGAAUCGACAUUGACUACCAAGUGCUCCAGGACGCCUUCUUCCGAUACCAGACGAAGCCGACCCUGUCUACAUUGGGCGACUUGUACUACGAAGGAAAGGAGUUUGAAGUGAAGCUCAAGACCAAAACCCCCGGCGUGCUCAGUGACGACUUGAAGCGAGCGCUGGGGAUGGUGGACGGGGUGCCGCCGCCGUGGUUGCUGAAUGUCCAGCGGUAUGGUCCGCCGCCGGCGUACCCGCACUUGAAGAUCCCAGGGUUGAAUGCCCCCAUUCCGGAAGGCGCGUCGUUCGGGUACCAUCCUGGGGGAUGGGGCAAGCCGCCCGUGGAUGAGAAUGGGAAUCCUGUGUAUGGCGAUGUGUUUGGCAAGGGAGCUGGCGCGGUGGUGGUGGUGGAGGACGAAGUAAGCAAGGAGCGAUGGGGCGAAUUGGAACCCGUUGCCGAAGAAGAAGAGGAAGAAGAAGAAGACGACGAGGAAGAAACCAAGGACGACGAGACGAUGGACAUGGAUGAAUAUGAGGAUGUCCGAGGGGGAGGGCGGACUGAUGCGGGGGAUACGCUGGACCUGCGAAAGCAACAGGCGGAAGUUCCGCCGCCGCCGCCGCCGCCGGUCGUGUCGUCUGGACCGGCCAAGGAAUUGUACACUGUGCUCGCGCAAACAGAGACGGCAGUGGGGUCGUCGUCGAUCUAUGGGUCCACGCACGCGUAUGUCGUGUCGCAGCCGACCGAGGACGGAGGGCUGCAUAGCGUCCAGUCCACCAGUGGAGUCAACAGCGUGUCCACGAGCGGCAUGGCCACGGACGACACGGAGGGCAAGCGCAAGCGGAAGCUCGAGAAGCAGGAGAAAGGCGCGGCGAAGAAGUACAAGGACUUUAAAUUUUAACAACAUCGAUACGGGACUCGGAAAAGUGCAAAA